UGGUACGUGUUGAGAUCAAAUCCUUUAAAAAGAGAUGCUUCACUGAUACCGAAUUCAAUUCAAUAUUUGGGUAACAAUCCUACCAAUAGAAUAAAAGUGAGGUUUUGAUUGCUUAAAAAAAUGGAAACUUUAAAGAAUUUCGGGGCCUUCGUUUUGUUAAUAUUUUUCAUGGUCCAUAAUACCAGUGUAAACUGUCAAGUUCUUGCCCCAACCUAUGCAAACGUUUCCUAUGGGGACGACCCCGCACAAAUCGUGGACUACUACAUCGCACCAAAUAAUUCCCUCACCUCUGUGACACAUGUUGUCAUUCUGAUCCACGGCGGGGCGUGGGGAGGGGGCUCAAAAUCCGACAUGUCCCCAUUUGUCCCGUUCAUCUUAUCUGCUUUCCCUGGUUACCUCGUGGCAAACAUGGAGUACCGACUGGGCACUUGGUCCUCACCCGGGUAUCCCAAACAAACAGAAGACAUUGGCGCGGUGAUUUCCUUCAUCAAAUCGAAACUACCCGGGCAAAAGUUGACCUUCGCUCUUUUCGGGGGUUCCGCUGGGGCGCAUCUCUCCCUUCUGUAUGGCUACCGAUACGACGCCAUCAAUCGAGAUGUCAGCGUCGUGAUCGAUGUCGUUGGCCCGGCGGAUUUUACGGAUCCUGCCUACGCUUGGAAUCUGGUGUACAAUUGGAUCUUCUUUGCCUUCAUUGGACCUAACUUUUACUUUUUAAAUCCGGGUAUUUAUAAUGAGACGAGCCCGCUAACUUGGGCGACUCCAAACUCUCCGAAAACCAUCGGUUUCUAUGGCGACAAGGAUCCCCUCGUCCCGAACAGUCAGCAUAAAAUAUUAGGAGAUAAGUUAAACAAUUUGGGGGUCGUGAAUGAGGUGACGGUGUACAGCGGGGGUCAUUUCGACUGGAGUCCGACAGACGUGCAGGAUAUGAAGGAUAAGAUUGUGGUUUUCUUGGCUAAGUAUUUUUAAGCCAGGGUAAAAUUCUCUUAAGAAUUGUAGAUGUUUUGUGAUUUCAUGGUGACUGAGAUAAAAAAAUUUCAAUAAAUAUAUAGUUUGACUUAAUCAUAUGAAA